AUGAAAGCUGCGCUGUUCCAAAAAGGCUCCGACGGAAUUAGAGCUUCGCUUCGGCUCCUGCACGAUGCCGUGCUACCGUCGUGCAGGUGUCCCGACCGACACCUCGCAGCAACACUCUUCUUCUUGCCGAUCCGCAUCAGCGUCGUCGAUGUGGAAAAGCCACUCGUGCACAUGGUUAACGAUUUGCGGCGAUUGCCAUCCGAACACACUAUGGAGAAGGUCCUAGCUGGUCGCAUCAUCGGGUUUCACGUGGCCGGGCGAAACAUGAAGCGUCGACCUUGGUUCCAUCCUCGUGAUCGCAUGCAAGCUGCGGGAGCCUGCAGGUCGACAUCCGAGCAACAAGAUUUCGAAGGCAACCUGCGUUAUAUCAACUGUGGUCUGGACGACUAUUCUCAGUACCCCUUCUAUCGAACCCUCUGUUGCUUAGACCAGACUGUACGGCGAUCAUCUGAGCGCAUCAAGGAUUGCUUCGCCACGACCACCUUGCGUAAUGCGCCCUUCCGUAAUGCACUCGACAUCCCAACGCCCAACUCAUCGAGGAAGAUAGCAGGUGCCGGAACCGCUAAACCUGAGGCCCUUGUCUCGACGCCAAGUAAACCUGCGCAAGGCUCGUUCGAACCACAUAGAAGCUCUACACAGUGCGCUGAUGCGCUUUAUACACCCACACGCAACGCGGCAGCUUCUCGCGUACUUUCUUCCUCGGAUCAUGAUGCAUUUCAGUCUUUGACCAGCCCAUUAACAUCAUGGCCGACCUCUCUCGUGUCUCCCGCCCCAACCGGCAGUUCUGCAUUCGAGUCAUCCGUCGAUUGGAGCCAAGACCAUCAGUGGUGGGUGGCGGGAGCAUCUAGCUGCAGGGGUGACGACGUAUUUCCGAGCGGUACAGGGUCCGAAUUACUGUCGCCUAGCUCCUCCUCUGUGCCAUCGGAGACGACCCAUCAACGAAACACUGAGCAGGAGUCUUUCAGGGAACGUAAGGGGCAGUCGCGUCGCCGUCAGCAUGCGACAGACUACGCGGCAUUCGCGCUGCAGUUACCUCCGGCCUCCAUGACACCAAGUUCUUCGUCGGCCUCGUCAAUGCCAUUCACACUAACGCUGCCGUCAACAGGCAUGCACAAUGCUCCUCAAGUGAUAGGACUCGAGCAUGGAACCCCAAGCUUAUCGACCCAUCUUUUACCCAGCAAUGACUUGACCGAAUAUCUUCAUACGGCAAACCGACCCAGAGACACGGGGCUACUGGGACCCAACCCAUCACGCAUGUUCGGACAAGCCGCGUGUACCUCCAGCAGGCGCUCCCUUGCAGAGGCCGAGGACGUUCCAGUACUUUCUCAAGUCACAAAAUCGGCCGCAUCCGAUAAAAAGGGAGCAUUCGUCAAGUGGCUAUCUGCUCACAUGGACGACGUCAAUGAUCGCCGUCUUUUCGAUCUCGGAGAAUACGGAUUACGUUCGUCAGUGGGCAAAAAUGCCCUGCUGGCUGAUCAUCGAACGCCGUUAGGCCUAGGCCUUGAUAUUGUUGCUAGCACAGCAUCGGAACAAGUCGAGAUGCUGACAUCACCUGCGCUAGACGCGUCGAGGACAUCGGUGCUGAGAGACCACGGCAACGAUGGGGGGCGCGAGUGGGAACAUCAGACAUCGGCCCUCUUUACCAACAGUAGAGCAACACAAGGGGAUGGGCGAGCCAUCCAAGAAGCGUCGAUGUCUUCCCUCAGCACCGCCAUGGAAACAAGCUUCGCAUCGCACAGCAAUCCAUCAACUUGGGAUAGCUCGUUUGGCCAAGCACCAAGCUCUUGGGGUGGCGAUGACUCGGUCGUCGCCGAGGCUCACCUUGCUGAUACGUCCGCUUCCUCCAUCGGCCUUAACACCAGCCAGAAUGCCUACGCAGAGAAGCCAAGUGUCGAGGGUCGUCCCUCUUCCGAAAUGAGCGCUCUCGCUACCACGCCGGAAGUCUUCAUGCAAGAUCUGAGCGAGUUCAGCCAAUCUGUUCCCAUUCAAGAUAUGGCCGAAGAGCGAUGGAGGACAUGGCCGAGACACCGGGAGGGCCGCAGCGUCGUCUUACCAGCUGACGUAUCCGACAUCGGUGUCGCUAGUCUAAAUUCAACGACGGGGGAGACUGGCAGCUUCUUCGACGCUCUAUCUGCCUCGGUGUACCCGACGCGAUCUAGACUCGGGGCUGAGCCCUACAACAAGAACCUGCGCUCUGGUCGACCAAGUAGUAGCGCCAGCACCAGCACCCGUUCGUCUAUCGGCGGUUCUAUCAUCCUUGAGGACGAGUCGAGCAACCUCGCGAGCGGUCCGAUCCGACCUCGAUCUUUCGUUGGGGCUGGCUCGCUGAGAAUGUCGGCUGCGACGAGAACAAAUCCCUGCGUUGGAUCUGACAAGCUGUCUAGUCCGAAAGAACGCGUCUCUGGAACAGCGAUGGCGCUGCGACAUGUACGGAGACUGUCUCAAGGGUCUCCAGCAUCAUCUGGCGCAGCUAGACCCAGUGCCAUGAGAUCGACAAGAUCCGUCGAUUCCGUCAGUGCCACCGACCCAAGGGCUAGGUACAGCAUUGCUAUGCCGAACACGCUUGGAAAUAGCUACGGUGCGAUGACAACAUCUCAGAGACCGCAAUCCAUGAUCGACUUUUCUGCGUCUUACCGAGAUCUUCCCCGCCAGCCCAGAACUGGGAAUGGGAUCAAAACUAGCUCCAGGGUUGGCUUCAGCGAGGUAUCUGAAGCGUUGAACACGCUGCGCUUGUUCCUCAAGCAAAAGAAGCCCAUCAACAGCAAUAACGCUGCUGAGCAAGACAGAGACCGGCCUCGAACCCCGAACGAGCAUUCGCGGGAACCGUCUUCGCCUGGGAAGCAAGUUCGCACGCUACGACGAUCCAAGCGAGUUCUGCCUCCUAGAGGCGCGAUGUCAUCCGUUGACGAGGUUGACGCCCUUCAGCCAACAACAUUUUCGAAGUCGAGGCAAGGCCUUUUGAGCCAUCAAGAUGUUGAAGAUGAAGCAAGCCAAUCGACGCACGCAAUGUCUUCCUUGUCGUCCACUCAGAGCAAACAGGACGACAGGCUGGCAGUACUUGAAGACCUCUCUGAACGAGUCAUGCGACUCAAAGCCGAGUCCGAAUUGGAAAAGGAACGUCAUGCUGCUGCUAGCAUGCCACCUCCCGUUGUUCGGCCGGCGUCCACGGUCCACCAGCCUAUACCAUCGAGCCCAACCAAGACCCGCCGUGAGAUGCACGACGAGUACCUUCGAAAGCGCGCUUCCAAAUCGUGA